GCAGCAGCAGCAGCAGCAGUAGCGGCGUCGUCCUCGGAGCGGGGCGAGCGCCGGAGGUAGACAGUGUGUUUCCACCGCCGCCAUUUCUGUCAGCCCGGACUCAUGAUUCCCAUAUGCCCGGUAGUCUCUUUCACCUAUGUGCCCAGCCGGCUGGGGGAAGAUGCCAAAAUGGCCACCGGCAACUACUUCGGGUUCACUCACACCGGGGCUGCUGCCCAGUACAGCCAGCAGCCAGCUUCAGGUGUAGCCUAUUCCCAUCCAACUACAGUUGCAAGCUACACUGUCCAUCAGGCUCCUGUAGCUGCACACACAGUUACUGCUGCCUAUGCCCCAGCAGCAGCAACGGUUGCAGUAGCAAGGCCUGCUCCAGUGGCCGUUGCAGCUGCUGCAACAGCGGCAGCCUAUGGAGGUUACCCAACGGCACAUACAGCAACAGACUAUGGUUAUACACAGAGACAGCAAGAAGCUCCCCCGCCGCCACCUCCAGUCACUACACAAAAUUACCAGGACACCUAUUCAUAUGUUAGAUCUACAGCCCCAGCUGUAGCUUAUGACAGCAAGCAAUACUAUCAACAACCCACAGCCACUGCAGCUGCAGUGGCAGCUGCUGCCCAGCCACAGCCUUCUGUGGCUGAAUCGUAUUACCAAACAGCUCCAAAAGCUGGCUAUAGCCAAGGAGCAACUCAGUAUACCCAAGCCCAGCAAACUCGACAAGUGACAGCCAUAAAACCAGCCACUCCAAGCCCAGCUACUACUACUUUCUCCAUAUAUCCUGUAUCUUCCACUGUGCAACCAGUUGCAGCAGCAGCUACCGUUGUUCCCUCGUAUACUCAAAGUGCUACAUACAGUACAACAGCAGUUACUUAUUCUGGUACAUCGUAUUCUGGCUAUGAGGCUGCAGUAUAUUCAGCUGCAUCAUCUUACUAUCAACAGCAGCAGCAGCAGCAGAAACAGGCGGCGGCGGCAGCUGCUGCUGCUGCUGCGACAGCCGCCUGGACAGGGACCACCUUCACUAAAAAGGCACCAUUCCAAAAUAAACAGUUGAAACCAAAACAGCCUCCCAAACCACCCCAGAUCCACUAUUGUGAUGUUUGUAAGAUCAGCUGUGCUGGACCACAGACUUACAAAGAACAUUUGGAGGGACAGAAACAUAAAAAGAAAGAAGCAGCAUUGAAAGCAUCACAGAACACAACCAGCAACAGUUCAUCUGCUCGUGGGACUCAGAACCAGCUGCGUUGUGAACUCUGUGAUGUGUCUUGCACAGGAGCUGAUGCCUAUGCUGCUCAUAUUCGUGGAGCGAAACAUCAAAAAGUGGUUAAGCUUCAUACUAAACUUGGCAAACCCAUUCCUUCAACUGAACCAAACGUCGUGACCCAGGCUACGUCAGCAACAUCUGCUUCCAAACCAACUGCUGUCUCUUCAAACAUUGCAACCAACAGCAGCACUGUGAAUUCUUCUGUUUCAUCUUUGGCAGUGAAAAUUCUGACUCCUUCUGCCAAUGUGUUACUUAGCACAACAUCCAACAACAAAACAACAAUAGUUCCAACUAAUGUUGCUGUAAAGAAAAUAUCCACACCCAAAAUUAACUUCGUUGGUGGUAACAAGCUACAGACAACAGGAAGCAAAGUGGAUGAAUUAAAAGCAGUAGAAAAUAUCAAAACUACUCCUUCUAUUGCUGCAGUGCAAACACAGGAAAUUAAGACAGAUAUGUCUGCUGAAUCGGUAACAUCUACAGCUCUUGCUGCUUUGCAAAGUGAGGUCCAACCAGUGGGUCAUGACUAUGUCGAAGAGGUACGGAAUGAUGAAGGGAAGGUUAUUCGUUUCCAUUGCAAACUUUGUGAAUGCAGUUUUAAUGAUCCUAAUGCCAAGGAGAUGCAUUUAAAAGGAAGGCGGCAUAGAUUACAAUAUAAGAAAAAAGUAAACCCAGACUUGCAAGUAGAAGUGAAGCCAAGCAUCCGGGCAAGGAAGAUCCAGGAAGAAAAGAUGAGGAAGCAGAUGCAGAAAGAAGAAUACUGGAGAAGACGUGAAGAGGAGGAACGGUGGAGAAUGGAAAUGAGACGCUAUGAGGAGGACAUGUACUGGAGGAGGAUGGAAGAAGAGCAGCACCAUUGGGAUGACCGCCAUAGAAUACCUGAUGGAGGAUAUCCUCAUGGACCUCCAGGACCUCUUGGACUACUUGGUGUUAGACCAGGAAUGCCACCACAGCCCCAGGGACCAGCUCCUCUUCGUCGACCAGAUUCUUCAGAUGACCGUUACGUAAUGACCAAACAUGCUGCUAUCUAUCCAACUGAAGAGGAACUCCAGGCAGUACAGAAAAUAGUUUCUAUCACUGAGCGUGCACUGAAACUUGUAUCUGAUAAUAUGACUGACAAUGAAAAAAAUAAGAGCAAGGAAGGAGAUGAUAAAAAAGAGGGCGGUAAAGACAGGGCUUUGAAAGGAGUCUUGCGUGUGGGAGUGUUGGCUAAGGGUUUGCUGCUCCGAGGAGACCGAAAUGUCAACCUUGUCUUGCUGUGUGCUGAGAAACCUACUAAGACAUUGCUGAGUCGCAUUGCUGAAAAUCUGCCCAAGCAACUUGCCGUAAUAAGUCCUGAGAAAUAUGAAAUAAAGUGUGCAGGACAAGAAGCAUCCAUCAUUUUGAAUUCCUGUGUGGAACCUAAAAUGCAAGUGACCAUCACGUUGACAUCGCCAGUGAUUCGGGAAGAGAACAUGAGGGAUGGAGAUGUAACCUCGGGUAUGGUGAAAGACCCACCGGACGUCUUGGACAGGCAAAAAUGCCUUGACGCUCUGGCUGCUCUACGCCACGCUAAGUGGUUCCAGGCUAGAGCUAAUGGUCUGCAGUCGUGUGUCAUUAUCAUACGUAUUCUUCGUGAUCUCUGUCAGAGAGUUCCCACUUGGUCUGACUUUCCAAGCUGGGCAAUGGAAUUAUUAGUAGAGAAGGCAAUUAGCAGCGCUACUGGACCACAAAGCCCGGGAGAUGCCUUAAGAAGAGUGUUUGAGUGUAUAUCUUCAGGAAUUAUCCUUAAAGGUGGUCCUGGCCUUUUGGAUCCCUGUGAAAAAGAUCCUUUUGAUACACUUGCUUUAAUGACAGAUCAGCAACGAGAAGACAUUACUUCAAGUGCACAGUUUGCAUUGAGACUCCUUGCAUUCCGUCAAAUACACAAAGUUUUAGGAAUGGAUCCCUUGCCCCAGAUGAACCAGCGCUUCAAUAUUCACAACAAUCGUAAAAGGAGAAGGGACAGUGAUGGAGUUGAUGGCUUUGAAGCUGAAGGGAAGAAAGACAAGAAAGAUUAUGAUAACUUUUAAAAAAAGAAAAGAAAACUGUGUUUGCAGUUAACAGAGGCCAUUUGUUCUCAGAUUUUUUUCUCAAUGUCUGUUAAAUACAUCCAAAAAAGUUAGAAAAAUUACUUUUUGUGUGGCAUUCACACCAUUUUUUUAGGAUGUACAGACUAAUUAUGGUAGAAAGAGAUCACAAAUGGAAACUAUUCUGACUUCUAGCGGACCCCUCAUUGUUUAGUUUCUAACUUCUAAUGUAUGAUUCUUGUUUUCUCUUCUUUACGUUAAGUAGUACAGUGUAUACUUAAAUUCCACUGUAUUUAAUACAGUGUUUUGUGCUUCAGUUGCUUUGUGUAUUUUGCUCUUUUAUUUAGAAUUUUAAGUUACCAUUGACACAAGCUGUAAGUUGCUUUGAAUUAGAAAAUGGUAAAUACAGUCCUUCACUUAAUAUUUUAUAGAAGAACACUUUUUGUAAAGUGGGUCUGCAAUAUUAUUUCUCCUAAAUGUGAAGCGUUAACACAAAUUUAUCCUGCUAUUUAAGUGCUUUCAAUUAAAUGUUUCUGCCAAAUCCAUGGCAUUUGUCUCUUUAGUGAUAUAAUGGUGUACUUAAGACAGAUUUGUGUUACUCUAAUCAGGUUUGUUGUUAGUUAUGCAUUAGCAGUAUAAAUGCUGAACAUACACAGUUUGGAUUUGCUGCAAUUUUAGCAACUGCAUAAUUGAUUUUUAAAAUUGCAUGACUUUGUUUUUAAUAGAAGGGCUUUAAAAAAGUAUCAAUUUAGGUUUCAUGCCUAGGUCUUUGUAUGAUUGACUUUGAUAUAGCAAGGCCAAAAAAUAAAUUUCUGAAAUUUUGCUGAAAACAUUAAGAGGGCAUUUUUCCCUUUGGGAAAGAGUUGGCUACUUGUUUUUAGAGAGCUUAUCAGUAUGGUAGCUCUGAAUUAAACUAAUUGUUUGCUAUAUCAGUGCCUGUGAGAUUGCUCCUUUUGCUAUUUCCUUACCAAAUUAUUCAGUAACUUUCAUUUUAAGUCAACAACCUGAACGUAGAUACAAAUAUUUCUGGAAAUUUGAAGGUUGUAAAAGAAAAUAGCAGAAAAUUAUUUGUGGCCAUAGUGUAUGCUUAUGUCUCCUUCAAACAACUAAAUAUUAUAGCAGUGCUGUAAUUCAGGUCUACAUCUGGCUGUUGAUGUAUGCUCUGGUACACAGAUGUGAUUUGUUACAACACUACAGUGGAAUCUGCAAAUAAAACUAAAAUCUAUUAAAUGACUUAACGUUCAUUAUA